CCACAUCCUCACGUUUAAAUCCAUAUUUUCAAGACUGCCUUGCUCCAAUACCCUAGACACUUUCAAAUUCACCUAUUUCGACUCUUCAAUUCCCUCACCAACAUGUCUGAUUUGACUGCUGAUUAUGUUGUCGUGGGUGGUGGUCUUGCCGGAUGUGUCCUAGCGUCACGCCUCAGCCAGAAUGGCAAGGAAGUCAUCCUGCUAGAAGCAGGCCCCGAUCCAACUGACAACCCUGCUACUGAAUUCUUCUUGAGCGGCCUAACACUGCAAGGGGGCGAACUUGAUUAUGCUUAUCCAAGUGACCCCGUUCCUACUACAGCCAAUCGUGUGCAUCACCUCAGCGCUGGCAAGGCCCUGGGCGGAGGAACUGUCAUCAAUUUCGGAGGCUGGCUUCGAGGAGAUGCUGCCGACUAUGACGAGUGGGCUGAAGUAGCAGGAGACAAGCGCUGGAGCUAUGAAGGUCUCAAGCCUUGGUUCGUGAAGUCGGAACACUUCUACGACUCUAGUGCAGACCCUCAGGAACAUGGCUUCGACGGGCCUAUGUACGUCACUUCAGUAUCCGCCGCCGAAGGUGGACAACGUAAAUACCCUCUUCGAGAAACUGUCAAAAGUGCAUGGGCCGAGCUUGGAGUCCCUCACAACAGAGACAGGAAGAAUGGCGCCAGUGUUGGUUUGAAUGAGAUGCAUGAGAAUUGCAACCAACAUGGCAAGCGACAGCCCUCUAACGUCGUCUAUCCACUCAACCAAGUCAAGGUUUUUACCAAUGCCCCUGUGUAUAGAGCCACUUUCGAUGGUACUAAAGCUACGGGCGUGGAACUGGUUGACGGUCGCAAAGUGGUUGCGCGAAAGGAGGUCAUCAUCUCUGCCGGUGCUUACCAGACUCCAAAGAUCCUCAUGCUUUCAGGUAUCGGCCCAACAGCCGACCUCGCCCAACACGGCAUUCCUCUAGUAUGCGAAUCACCAUACGUCGGUCAAAAUCUUCAUGAUCACUAUGCCAUCCACCUCGCUUUCCGCGUGCGUGAUCCUUCUCUCGGAUACGCUUUUGGAAGUGCUGCGUUCCAAAAGCCCGCUCUCCUAAAGGGGCUUCCAUGGGACUGGAUUGCCAACCAACCUCUCCCAGGGGGAAUUCUCUCCAAGCACCAGCACGAGACCAAACCUGGUUGGGAGAAGCGAAAUGUUUUUGAGGUCCUGACGGCUUAUGUUGUACCAGGAAUUCCUGGUAUUCCCAUCGAUGGAACCCAUAUCGCUACAUCAACAAUGCUGCUGCUCCCCACAUCUCGCGGUACGGUUACGAUCAGAUCCAGCUCUCCAACGGAUCUGCCCCGCGUGCAACCAAACUAUCUCUCAACACAACUAGACCGUGAUUCUCUUGUUCAUGCUACCCGUACAGCUGUAAAAGCCCUUACGGCAACUGAAAACUUGAAGCCCGUUGUCGAGGGUGAAUCUCCGCCUGUCAAGGAAGGGUUGGAAGGGUUAACGCCACUCACUGUUGAUACGAGCGACGAAGCAAUUCUGGAAAGACUUCAGAGGACUGGGGAGCAGCAUCAACAUUCCGGCGGCACAGCAGCCAUGGGUAAGGUGGUUGAUGGGGAAGGCAAAGUACUGGGAGUCACAGGACUUAGGAUCGCCGAUGCAAGUAUCAUUCCAGUACCGUUAGGUGGGCAUCCCCAAGCUACGCUGUACGCAAUGGCAGAACAGCUGGCCAGUAUGGUCCUUGGAGAUUCUUGACGUGAAAAGUCGGGAUAGGCAGAGGA